AUGUCAGAGCACUGGGCUUUUCGACGCUGGCUUGUAAGUAAUAAAGUUUCUUUUGGAGCCUUACUGGAAACUCAUAUCAAAGAACCCAAUCUGAACAAGGUUUUGACUGCCAUUUGCCCUAACUGGUCCUUUCUUUCCAACCAUGCCGCUGAUGAGGAUGGUCAGAUAAUUCUGGUGUGGAAACAGCCUUUCUCUGUCGUCCUCCUCCGCCUAUCAAAACAGACUCUGACGUGUAAAGUAAGCUUUCCUGGAAUCUCGGACUUCAUCUUCACUGAUGUGUAUGCAGCGAAUACUUUGGAAGAUAGAAAUGAUCUUUGGAUUAAUUUACUGGAAACUGAAACUGCCCUCUCUCUCCGUAACACAGCUUGGCUUGUGGGAGGAAACUUCAACGAAACUCUGCACCCUUCAGAGCACUCUCAGCCUGAUUUCAAUCAGAUCACCUCUCCCAUGAUUAACUUCAAGGAUUGUCUUCACCAACUUGAGCUAAGAGACCACCGUUAUCAAGGAACCAAGUUCACUUGGUCCAAUAAGCAACCUGCUGACCCAAUUGCUAAGAAACUGGAUCAUGCCCUCAUUAAUGAACAUUGGCUUUCCACAUUUCCUCAAAGCUUGGCUCAGUUCCUUGCUCCAGAUAUCUCGAACCAUUCCCCCUGUUGUAUAAAUCUUGCUUCGGCUCCUCCCUCUGCUGGAACUCUGCCUUUCAAAUUCUACAACUAUCUCGCCAGCCAUCCUGACUUUCUUGGAACAGCCAGGACUGCUUUCAAUGCUAUCCAUACCUUGGUUGGGAUUGAUGGAAGAGAGGCCACUUCUGCUGAGGACGUGGGUAACCUCGCUGCCUCUUACUUCAGGAAUAUCUUGGGGCCUCCCAUGCAGUUCAGAAUUACUUCCCCUAAAGAGGAGGGAGGGCUGGGAAUUAAGAACUUCAACACUUGGAAUCGAGUUUGCUCCCUCAAAUUGCUCUGGCUUCUCCUCUUCAGAACUGAGUCCAUCUGGGUUAACUGGAUACAUCAGAGUGUGAUCAAAGAUAAAAGCAUAUGGGAUUUGAAAGAGAAGCAAAGUCACACCUGGCUUUUCAAAAAAUUGUUGAGACUGCGGGACACAAUGUUGAUGUGGGUACGAAUUAAACCGGGAGAUGGGCGUACAACAAUGUUUUGGUCAGACCCGUGGACUCCGUUUGGGCCAUUGAUCAAAUUCAUUGGUCCGAUGGGACCUAGAUUGUUGGGAAUUUCUAGAGACGCCAUUGUCGCAUCCAUUUGGAGAGCUAACUGUUGGCAUCUUGUUCCGGCUAGAUCCCAAAGCAUCGAAGAGCUUCAUUGCUACAUGACGUUGAUUACGUUCAAUUCCAGCUCUGACCAACUCCUGUGGCAAAUUGACGGCUCUACCAAAGCAAACUUCUCUACAAAAACCAUCUAUCACCAGAUCAGGGAGCAAAACCAGGUCGUCGAUUGGUCUCCCAUUAUUUGGCUCAAAAGAGGAAUCUCAAAACAUAAAUGUCCUGCUUGGCUCUUUAUCCUCAAUCGCUGCCCAACCCGCGAUCGCCUUCUCUCUUGGGGACUGACUAUUGAGCCGCUUUGCCUUCUCUGCAAUAUGACUGACGAAUCCAGAGACCAUUUGUUCUUCGAGUGCGAGUACUCCUUCCCGGUUUGGUCGAAGCUCGCUCGGAAAUUGAGAUUCUCUACCACCAUGCGCGACUGGAGCGGAGUUGUUGAUGGACUUCUAUCUAUAACCCCGAAUAACUCGCGCAAAUACCUUAUGAUUCUCGCUUGGCAAGCAACCAUCUAUGAGAUCUGGAGAGAGAGGAACAAUCGGCUUCAUCGCAGCAUACACAAGCAUCCUGACCUAAUCCUCAAAGGUAUUGAGCUAACAAUCAAUAAUAGAAUUUCGGCGUUCCGGUUGCAGAAUCCUCAUGCGGCAAGUGACGCAAUGCAACUUUUGAUUUCCGAGCACAGAAUAGCUGGGCUUGGUUGGGUUAGUCUCGGGCACAGAAUAGCUGGGCUCGAUUGGGCUUUGUUGGGUUUCGGCCCUGCCAUCCUUGCAAUUCUCUUUGCCGUUUCUAGUAGCCAACAUGUCUGCAAUCCACUCUGCAAGGCUAAAGAACCCUUCAACUGCGACAAAAUUGAUACCUUUAACCGAACUGGAUUCCCAAAGAACUUCAUUUUUGGUGCGGCUACUUCUGCAUACCAGAUUGAAGGUUCUGCACAUAGAGCACUGAAUGGAUGGGACUAUUACACUCAUAGAUAUCAAGAAGAAGUUCCGGAUAACAGUUCAGGAGACCUUGCUUGUGAUUCGUACAAUCUUUAUAAGGAGGAUGUCGCACUACUAAAAAGAUUGAAGGCUCAAGCAUACCGAUUCUCAAUAGCAUGGUCAAGGGUCUUACCAAAGGGAAGACUGAUUGGAGGACUGGACGAGAAUGGUAUAACAUACUACAACAAACUAAUUAACGAGUUAGUAGCAAAUGAGAUAGACACCUACUUAACAUGCGUGGAUGCGAUUCACAGGCAUAGAACCAUAUGUGACUAUAUUUCAUUGGGAUGUUCCCCAAACUUUGGAAGACGAAUACGGAGGCUUCUUAAGCCCACGGAGGAUUUCAAAAACUACGCGGAGCUUCUAUUUUCCAGAUUUGGAGACAGAGUCAAAUACUGGAUCACUUUGAACCAGCCUUUCUCUCUUGCAACUAAAGGUUAUGGAGAUGGGUCGUAUCCACCAGGACGAUGCACAGGCUGUGAAUUUGGAGGAAAUUCUGGAACUAAACCUUAUAAAGUUUCACAUCACCAACUUCUAGCUCAUGCAGAAACUAAAUCUCAAGGUGGUAAAAUAAGAACGACACUGAUCAGAAGAUGGUUCACCCCAUUAAACGAAACUAACGAUCUCGACGAGGCUGCUUCAAAACGGGCAUUCUCGUUUAUUGUCGGAUGGUAUAUAUGUUCAACUAUAUAUAUAGAAAUGUACGGAGAUUAUCCAAAGAUAAUGAGAGAUAUGGUUGGAGAUAGAUUGCCAAGAUUCACACCUGCACAAUCGGAAUUAGUUAAAAGAUCACUUGAUUUCCUAGGUUUGAAUUAUUACAUUACACAAUAUGCGACAGACACACCUAUUCCGAAACUGCCUAGUGUCAUAACCGAUCCAGGAAUUACUCUUGGAUAUUAUCGCAAUGGAAUUUCUAUUGGCGUUCAGGCCCCUAGCUUCGUGUACUAUCCUCCAGGAUUCCGUAUGAUUCUAAGUCACAUCAGACAAAACUACGGAAACCCACUUACCUACAUCACCGAAAAUGGAGUUGCUGAUUAUGGAAACUUAACGCUUCCAGAUGCUCUUGCCGACAACGGACGAAUUCAAAAUCAUUGCAGCCAUCUUUCGUGUCUCAAAUGCUCCAUCGACGAGGGAUCCAACGUAAGAGGAUAUUUUGCAUGGUCAUUGAUGGACAAUUACGAAUUUGGAAAUGGUUACACUCUACGGUUUGGUAUGAACUGGUUCAACUUCACUAAUCCUAUUGAUCGAAGAGAAAAGGAUUCUGGCAAAUGGUUCUCUAAAUUCAUCGCAAAAUAAAAAGGGGAACGAUAGAUGUAAAUAAUUACAUGUAUACAACCUCCAAAUCUAAUAGCUAAUGUAUACUAUAUGUAUUGUUUAUCUUUUCAAGCUGUUAUGUGUCGUUGUAUGUAACUUUGUUAAUUGCGCGUUGUAAUAAUUUGAUCUUAAUUCUCAGUGAAUUCAUAAAUAAAUUAUUCUUUUAUGAAGCUUGUGUU